AUGUCUGAUUACGUUAAAAACACACCUGUUUCCGAGAUCAUGUUCCCGGUACGCCCUUGGGACCGCAACUUCAGGACUUUGAACGCCGAAGCUCAAAUGAUUGUCAUAAAUUUUUAUCUUUCGGGGGCCGGGGAUUGGAAUCCCGACAACCAAAGCGAAGCAUCAAUUUCCAGCCGCCGAACCCAAGCUGGUAGCGAAAUUGAGAAUGAUUCUCAAAACACCGCAUCCCCAUGUGGAAUCUUCCCUGAUGAGGGGAUGGAGGCAGAUGACGAAAGGGACGAGGAUAAUGAAAUAGACGAUGAUGGGGAUAUAUAUGAGAAUGAGUAUUUCUUCACCCUCAAUGAAACCGUUGACCAGAUCCCCCGGGCUGGUGGUGGUGAGGAGAAAGAGGAGGAGCCGGAGCCCAGCUACUCCGAGAGCUCCAAGAGCUCCGAAGGUUCCUGGUACACCGAGCCCGAGAGCGAAGUAGAUUCCGAUAAAAGCUCAGAUUCCGACGAAAGCUCAGAUUCCGACGAAAGCUCAGAUUCCGACGAAAGCUCAGAUUCCGACGAAAGCUCAGAUUCCGACGAAAGCUCAGAUUCCGACGAAAGCUCAGAUUCCGAAGAAGAACCCUAUGACGAACCGGCACCACCGCCGCCAUCACCAUCACAAUCACCAUCACCGCCGCCGUCACCUAGCCCGGAACCUGUUUGUCCCUGCCCAUAUUACCUGCCAUUCAUAAGCCGCGAAGAGUGGCAGGAUGUCGUGCUUUUCAUCGAGGCCCGGUUCGAGACCACCACCAUAGAUAUAUACGUCAGCUAUUUUAAGUACAGUUUCAGCUGUGCAAAAGAGAUGUAUGAGAUGCUGGCACAAAUUGAUCUGUCGGGGCUGCCUCCGCCACUUGGGACCGAGAUGUCCAAGAUGGUGCAGUUGCAGACGAAGGUGAGGAUGGCACUGAUGGAUGGUGUGGCUGUUGAUGAGGAAUUUGUGAAGGCGGCCUUCUUGGAGAUCGAUAAUGCUAUGGAUGUAGAUAUCCAAGCCUGGGCCGUUAAUGUCAUUGAGAGCGAGGAGUCCCAUCUUUCUGAUGAUGGUGAUGUUGCGCCCGGCCUUAUUGAUGAAGAUGAAGCUGAGACCUCCGACCCCGAUUCCGAUGAAGCUGAAGCUUCCGGCUCCGAUUCUGAUGAAGCUAAACCUUUCAAUCCCGAUUCUGAUGAAGCUGAAUUUUUCGACUCCGGUUCUGAUGAAGCUGAACCUUGCGGCUUCGAUUAUUAUGAUGGGGCUGGGCCUUCUGACUCCGAUUAUGAUGUCAGGUCCCUCGGUACUUCUGAAGAGAGUGGAAGUCUUUGCAACGAUGAUGUUGAGUCCUUCAACCUCGAUGACGAUAGUGACUCCCUCGACGACCUCAAUGACACGAGUGAAGAUUAUGGAAGUCUAGAUGUCGAGUACCCUAGCUCUGAUGCUCAGAGUGAUGGGAGUGAAAGCAUCAACGAUGAUAGCGACAAUGAGGAGGGUCAAUAUUGGCGCUAUAUUGGGAAUGGUUACUGGAUAAACCCCUAUGGCGAGGCUAUUUAUUGGGUGUCCCCCUAUGAGGAUUGUGAUUGUAGGGACCCGUGCCCCCAUGCCGAUGAAGGUUACUGGACGAGCCUCUUUGCGGGGUAUGGCAUCUGGGGCAACCCCUUCGAGCAUACUUGUUGGAUUGAUUCCGAAGACCGGGAUGGUUAUUGGGUCGGCGCGUGGAACAGCGACGGCGAUUUUGAGGGCGAAUAUGUCCUGUACGAUGAUGAUUCCCAACACAGCGACACCCCGGAGUAUCAUUACUGGCUGAAUCCCAAUGACCCUCAUGGUUAUCUGAGGGGCGCAUAUAACGACAAUGGUGUUUUCGAGGGCGAAUAUAUCCGGUUUGCCGAUCAUUGCGCAACAUGCAACCUUGCCUACGUAUACGGCAGUGGCCCCGAACCUCCCGUUGGCUUCCCAUAUAGAGGUCCCAACAGUGGCCACGAUCAUGACAAUGGCUCCGAUGAUGACAAUGGCUCCGAUGAUGACAAUGGCUCCGAUGAUGACAAUGGCUACGAUGAUGACAAUGGCUACGAUGAUACCCACGACCGCAAUCGUAACGAUGGCAACCAAUAUGACAACCAUUCAGAUGAUGGCUUUGAAUUCAACGCUGCCUACCAACCCGACAGUGACCAGGAAGCCAACGAUGCAGACGACGAAGACGACAGUGACGACGAGCACAAUGACAACGGAGAGUCUUCGUCCGGCCAUGAAAACGGUUCUGCGAAUAGACUCAUCCAUCAAGGCGGAAACGGGGAAGAAGCAACACCCGAGGUCGACUGGGGCGGGAUUGUAGAUACCGGUUCCGUCACAGUCAACGAAAUCGAGUCACAGGACCCCAUCACUACGAGUCGUGAGGCUUCGACAUCUACAUCCCACGACCCCGAUUGGGACUGUUGUCGAUAUUGUACGAUGGCACGGUAUAGAGGAGUGUGUCAGCCCAUGAGUGGAGCUAGAGGUAUCUAG